AUUUCUACCAGAUCAAUAACUCCCUCAUCCAAUGGGGCAUAUUCUCUGGAAUGUAUCUUACAAAGGGCUGCCAAUAGCCAAACACGAUCAAAAUUACAGUACGGUACAUAUAUUCCUCCGCAAUAAGCAUUCACAAAUUUCCUCCCCAAACUGCUCUCGGUCUCCUCCAAAUCGUCUCUCCUCUGCCUUGUUUCGAUUCUUCCAAUACGAACCCUAAAAUCUUCCUGAUAGUCGCAUCGGAAUCGGUCUCGCACUAGGUUUCCGUGUGGAACGGGGUUGAGAAAUGUUUAACGGCAUGAUGGAUCCCGCGUUGAUCAAACUCGCCCAGGAGCAGAUGGGUCGCAUGUCGCCUGCCGAGCUGACCAGAAUUCAGCAACAGAUGAUGUCUAAUCCUGACUUGAUGAAAAUGGCUUCGGAAAGCAUGAAAAACAUGAGGGCUGAAGACUUGAGGAAUGCUGCUGAACAGUUGAAAUACACUCGCCCAGAAGACAUGGUUGAGAUAGGUGAGAAGAUGGCGAAUGCAAGCCCCGAAGAGAUAGCUGCAAUGCGUGUGCGUGUUGAUGCACAAGCCACAUAUGAAAUAAAUGCUGCUGACAUGCUGAAGAAACAGGGUAAUGAGCUUCACAGCCAGGGAAGAUAUAAGGAGGCAGUGCAAAAAUACUUGCUUGCAAAGAAGAACUUGAAAAGCAUUCCAUCCUCCAAAGGCAGAGUCCUCUUGUUGGCAUGUUCUCUUAACAUGAUGUCAUGUUACUUAAAAACAAGGCAGUAUGACGAGUGCAUAAAAGAAGGCACUGAGGUCUUGGCAGGUGAUGCCGAGAAUGUCAAAGCUCUUUACCGGAGGGGUCAAGCUUAUAAAGAAUUAGGACAAUUGGAAGAUGCAGUCUCUGACUUGAGUAAAGCACAUGAAGUUUCCCCAGAGGAUGAAACUAUUGUAGAUGUCUUAAGGGAUGCCAAGGAAAGAUUAGUGAGAGAAGGUGGUGGCAGUACAUCGAGAAGAUUGGUUAUUGAAGAGAUAACGGAAGAAGAGGAGACCGUGUCGUCGGAAAAUUAUGAUGGGUCAACUGCAAAAUAUUCCGUGUCACCACCACAGGAAACCAGUGGCAGCUCUAAGAGUCAAGCUGGAAUCAAUAUUGAGGCUCCUUCAACAAAUGCAGAGUGUGUCCAGGCUUUAAAAGAUGAUCCAGAAGCUAUGAGAUCCUUUCAAAACUUCAUGUCUCAAGCCGAUCCUGAAACUCUAGCUUCCAUGAGUGGUGGAAAUGCUGAAGGGAUAUCUCCUGAUAUGAUUAAGACUGCCUCAAACAUGAUAAGCAGGAUGUCUCCUCAAGAACUUCAAAAAAUGCUCCAAAUGGCUUCUUCAUUCCAGGGGGAGAAUAACCCAUUUGUUAAGGGAGUUUCUUCAGACAACAGCUUCAGACCUGGGCCAUUUCCCACUGACGUGACACCUGACAUGAUGAAAAUGGCAAGUGAUAUGAUGAGUAACAUGCCAGCUGAGGAGCUUCAGAAAAUGUUUGAAAUAGCAUCAUCUUUGAAAGGGAAAGAUUCAGUGUCAACGGCAUCAGCAUUAAAAUCGAACGGUUUCAGGUCAGAUACUGGAUCAAAACAAUCUAGGGAAAGUUUUUCUGUCAGGGGAGAUCAUAUUGGUGAAAGUAGUUCUUCUAAUGGGUUUUCUAAUUCAAGAAGUGUUCCUCAAUCAAGCUUCCCCAAUUCAACUGCUGAUUUGCAACAACAAAUGCAAAAUCAGAUGAACGAUCCAGCCAUGCGGCAGAUGUUCACUUCGAUGAUUAAAAACAUGAGCCCGGACAUGAUGGCAAACAUGGGGGAACAAUUCGGAUUAAAGCUUUCUCGAGAGGAUGCAGAAAAAGCUCAACAAGCCAUGUCAUCUUUGUCACCAGAUACCUUGGAUAAAAUGAUGAAGUGGGCAGAUAGGAUUCAGAGAGGAGUGGAAGUUGCGAGGAAGACAAAAAAUUGGCUACUGGGGAAGCCUGGUAUGAUUAUGGCGAUAUUUAUGCUCAUUUUAGCAUUCAUCCUCCACCGGCUAGGCUACAUCGGAAGUUAAGAGUGGGAAUUCUCUAAAUCACUGUCAUCAUCCAUCGACUGAACAAGAGGUGUCAACUUAAAUUUUCCAUUAGAACUAAUUCAGAUCAGGGGAUCGGAUUGAAGUUAGGACGAAACGUCUGCUGGUGGAGGGAAGACACAUCCACCGGCGUAUUUGUUUUUGUAUGUUAGUUGGAUGAAUUGUAAUUCAUUAUUUGCGCUCUUUGAUGCUCCUAUAAUAAUUAUUAUACUACGGAAGUUCCGAGUGUAUUUUUCAGAACAUUGACAAUGACAAGGAAAACCAUUUCCAUA